AUGGUCGAGACUCGAGGACCCAAAGCAAUACGAGCCAAGAGGCCUGAUUCAAGCAAUCAAAACUUGGGCAAGAAACAAUCGUGCUCAAUAGUACGCCGUUACGCAGGACCGGGCCAAAUGUCCCGAGACCACAACCACCCCUCCGUGCACCCUGCAGCAGGCUCAAAUGUAGGGACUUCCCCCAUCAAAGAUUUUUUGACGGCACUUAUUCGAGACUCACCAUCCUCAGACAUCAACAUCGGACACAAAUGGCGUCAAGCCAGCGGGCUCAGGUUCAUCCGCCAACAGCACCGCUACCGUCAUCGUAGCCGUCGUCGUGGGUCUCCUGUUAUUGACGAUAAUCGUCUGCAUCACUAUUACGGAACACCACAAGAAGAAGGCCACAGAACACUUGGGAGCCAGGGCGAGCGAAGACAAAGAGAGGGCGUUGGCAGCGGGUGGUUCGAGGGAGUCGAUUGGGAGUUUCCAAUCCGAGCUGAAAGAACUUGA